AUGGUGUUAAUAACGGAGGAGCAAAGCGAAGGCACAAAACUUCAAGGGAAUGGAGUGGCUAAAGGAGUUGGUCUGGGCGAGACUGAGUUUAGGAACAAUAAAGUGGCUCCGGAAACAUCUUUUAUGUCCAUCAUCGAGACUGAUGAAGAUGAUGAUAAGUGUGAGGCGUCAGGACAGGACAAUAAUGAUGACUCUGCACUUGAUUACAAGCAAAAUUACUGGGAGGAUGAUGACGAUGUAUACCAGGAGUUUGAUGAGCUGGACUUUGAUGCCCUGCCAGAUUGCUCCGAUACACGGAGCAUUGUCUCGGACGAUUCCUUCUAUCCCCACGACAAUUCAUUCAUGUCUCGAAUGUACCGCUCACCAAGCCCUGAAACACCCGAGCCCAUCUCCUUCUUCAAUGCCUGCUGCAAUAACAACGCCAUAAUUGUCAAGAUUAUGAUCAGACAAGGCGUGACUGAGGAGGAAGUGAGGGAGACAGAUAGAAACAGAAGAUCUGGCCUGAUCAUGGCGUGCUACCAUGGCUACGUGGACGUGGUCAUCGCCCUCUCUCAGUGCCCUUACAUUGACAUCAACUGGCAGGACAACGAGGGCAACACCGCUCUUAUUACUGCAGCACAAGCAGGUCAUGUGUACAUCUCUAACUACCUGCUCAACUACUUCCCUGGGCUGGACAUUGAGAAGAGGAACUGUCAUGGUUUCACAGCUUUGAUGAAGGCUGCUAUGCAAGGCCGGGCGGAAUGUGUCAGAUCUCUCAUGCUGGCUGGAGGUGAUGUGCAGGCACAGAGCAACAGCCGCAGCAUGACACCCAGAGAGUGGGCUCUCUUUACUGGUCGAUAUGAGACGGCCAACAUGAUGCAUCAAGUGAUGGCGAGGCCCUGUGCUGAGCAGUUCUCUGACACCUUCUCCAUGGAGUGGCCCAUGCUGGAGGAGCUGGUGGCCAAGGCCCAAGAGCCAAAGUCCUGCUGGAGGCAGUUGAUCAACUUCUUUUCCUGUUGCUCUUAUAGGUUUUACAUCCACAACAAGGUAAAUCCUGUGGAUGAUGGUGUUCUCGACCAUAUGGUGCGGGUCACUACCAGUAUUAGCAGUCCGCUUAUUGCCCCAGUUUGCCGGACGGUGAGCCCAGGCAGCCCACCCUGCAUCGGAAAACGCCGCUACGCGGUGCAGGAGAUCCUCAGGAGGCAACGGGUGGCUGAGCUCAAGCGUAUGGGCCCAGAUAGACUGAACAACUACAAGAAAUUUUUCCAGAACUCACGGGUCCUCCUCAUCCCCAAGACGAGGGAUCGGAGGGCCAGCCUUCAGCCUCAGCUGCUGAGCGAAAUGGCUGCAGUGUCCACGGUGGCCAUAAGACGAGCAAGUCUCCUGCCGCUCAAUUUGUUGAGGAGGAGCAGUGUGCGGCCAGGCAUCACGGUGCCCAAGGUGAGGCUCUGCAAGGCCCCAGCUCCCAGCUACAAACCGGAAAAACUCAGAAGAAACAGUGACUACAACCAGCUCCAGCUCCCCAAUUGGGAUUACAAGAUGAAGAAAAUAGAGAGAAAGAAAGAGGAGGAGAGGAAAAGACUGUUACUGACAAGGAGGAGAUGA